UGGUACACAGCAGCAGCGCGCGACUCCCCAUCCUGCUUCACCUAUCACGGGCACGGGCAGGGGAGUACCAGCGCAACUUAAGCGUAAUUCUUUCAGCGGAUUCAACAAAAAGAACUGACUCCACCACGAAAACAAACACAUGCUCCUCUUUCUCUUGUUCCGUUUUCUGUAAAUGUGUGAGACACCACAGACAUGGCUUCAUCCGUGAGCGGCACAGAGGAGGUCCGGGUCUCGACGCUGACUCCGCUGAAGUUGGUGGGACUGGUGUGCGUGUUUCUCGCCCUGUGUUUGGAUGUAGGGGCCCUGCUGAGCCCGGCGUGGGUCACGGCAGAUAACCAGUACUACUUGUCCAUGUGGGAGUCCUGCUGGAAGCCCGUCAGCUCCAUGGUCUGGUCCUGCAGCAGCACGCUGGCCACCGACUGGCAGAUCGCCACGCUGGCCCUGCUGUUGGGUGGAGCGGCCCUCACCCUGCUUUCUUUCCUUGUGGCGCUGAUCUCCCUCUGCUUCAGCUCCAGGAGUCGCUGCUACAAGCCCGUGGCUGUCAUGCUGUUCUCUGCAGUGGUCCUGCAGGUGUGCAGCUUGGUCCUCUUCCCCAUCAAGUUCAUCGAGACGGUCAGUCUGAGGGUCUACCACGAAUUUAACUGGGGCUACGGCCUGGCCUGGGGGUCCACCAUCUUCUCUUUUGGAGGUGCUAUCCUCUACUGCCUCAACCCCAAAAAUUAUGAAGACUACUACUAAAAUAUAUAAGAAGAGAAGACAAAAUGAGACGGUUUCUCCCAGGAUCCUCUCAGUAAUAGAACUAUCUGUCCAACACAGUGCAUCACCACAGGCUUGUAAUAAAAUUAAGAAAGAUUACUGUUAUUUCAGGUAUGGAACCAUUUGAUACUGUGAACUUAAAGAUGAUCCUUACUUAUUUGGACUUUGGAUCUCUUUUUCCAACAAUACAUCUUCAUAAAUGAUUUCCAAACUAUUCUGGUCAGAAUGUCCCUGAUCAGACAAGUCUAUGUCCCCUUUAAGUGGAGCUCCAGUAGGUCUUACAUUUGAGCAGAAAAUCUGGAAGGAACAGAUGGAUUCACUGACCCCAUACCAGGACAAAAAUGAUGGGCUAAUUAGCCAAUCAGAGCGGAGAGCACAAAAACAAUGUACAGUUGGGCCAAUCGGGACACAUGAAGGAUCUUGGGAGGAAAAAAUCCCAUUGAAGUGAUAUCCUGAGGAUGACAAAGUGAGGAAAUGCGACAUGCUACUUUUCCCCAGGGAUGCAUUACAUCUGGACAUGGCCUUGCCUUUUCCUAAAGCAGAGUAAAAGCUUGUUAUAAAGAGCCAAAGGACUGACUGCCCUGUUUGUGAAAGGGUUAGAGAUUAUGGUUACAAGCUGAAACUAGCUAAGACAGUACAAAAACAUUCCACAUCCACCUCCUAAAUUAUAUCACACUGGUGAGAGGAACAUAGCACAGCAUGUCAGAUGUAAACACGGGCUGCUGUGUAAAGCUGCAGCACAACCCAAGUUAUAUCUCAUUUUGAUAAAAAAAACAAAAAACAAAAAAAACAAAAGUAUUAUGUGUAAGUAUGUGCAGCAUUAUAAAAUAGUAGUCAUUCUAAGAAGACCAGUGGGAGGAAAGAUGACAAAUGACCAUGUCUGCUGAUGAGUGCACCCAUGCCUGCAUGAUCAUACCACCCAGCAUGCGCUCGCACACCACCCCAUGUGAUGCCUCCUUAUCUCCUCCAUCUGUAGGAAACAGGAACACUCUCGUAGAAGAAUACAAAAGUAGAUUUUUUUUGGUUGCAGUUAUGGAGAUGAUGUAGCAGAAUAUCACUGUAGAUACUGAAAAUGCCAGUGGUUAGGUUUUUGUAUCAAAUUCAAGGUUCAUAACAAAGUCAAGUGCAUGAGAAAUGUUACUUUCUGGAUCAACUGAAAGGAGAAUAUACGUAGAGUUUUAAACCUUAAGACAGUGUCGCCAUAAAUGAUGGUACAUGCUGUGGUUAAAACUUCUGUUUCCAGGAUGGUCAUAAAAUUUUCCAAUUCCCACUUGUAACAUUAGAGAAUCUGAGUGUGCAUGCCACUUCUAUUUGCUACCAGGUUCAUUAUGAUUCCCACUGGUUUGAUUACUAAUAUAAUAAACAUUUAC